CGUCGUCGUGAGCAGGUUGGAAAAACGAGCGGGAAAACUCGCGCUGCCCAUCGCUGUCCCGGGAAAACCAUGUGCGUUUGGAUGAAUUCGCAUUGCUAUAUGGUGAAGAAUCAUUAUCAAAACUUGGCUGUUUUUGGGUGAAAGGUUUUUGUGAAAUUGAUAAACUGGAUUUAUGCUCAAUUCUGCACCUAAACGAUCGAGCCAUUCAGAAAUUUGUGCACUGAAGACGUCAAUUAAACGAGGAAAAACUCCGUGUAAUUAAAAAGCAUCUAGAAAAGUUGGAAAUAGUGCAGUAGACUCCCAGAUAAGCUGGCAGCAGUGAAACGGUGAAAAAGCAUACCACGGUGGUUGUAAUUUGCUCAAAUUCUACUAUUGCAUGCCAAAGUAAUCCGUCGUCCUGGCUAGUGAACGUUGCGCUCAAAUUGGUUGUAGCACGGAAAGUUGCACGUGGUCCGGUUUAGUGUAACGGCGGAAUCGACAGACGGAACGGGGCCGGUUGGUUGAUGACGUUACGAAAAGUUCCUGAUGGUUGGAAUGAUUGCUUGAUGAACUUUAUCAGACUCAUUCCAUCGACAGCACACUGCACCGAUCCGUGCGUUUUUGCUCAUUCAAGGACGUCAACCUGCCAGAUCCAGAAGACUUGCCUACACUAAGAAGGUUAAUCAGAGAAAGACAGGAUUUGUUUACAGCUGCAACUGCACUUGAACUUGGACGAUAGCAGAGCACAAAAAGAAAACUUCUGCAAAACCACAGACAGAUAAAUCAGUCGACUUCAUUCGCAGAAACGAAGUCACCCUGAAGAGCAUUUCGCGUCGGUUCAUCUGUCAAGUAUUUAGAAAACCACAAAAGAUAUAAUCCUCAAAGCGAAGAAGCAAAGUACAGUCUAAGUGAAACUGUAGUUACAACUUUGUAAAACCAAAACAGCCACGACCGGAUUAAACUGAUUUGAUGUACUAUAAAUAAAAAAAGAGCAGCAGUGAAGAACGAGGACAAGACAAAUUGUGCUAAUAAAAUAACAUCAUACCGUGGCUCAGUGGAUGGCUGUACGGGCACUUGCACACCGAGCAGUGAAAACGAUUUGAAUCCAGUGGGCCAGAGGGAGAGAGAGAAAGAGGGAGAGAGUGAAAAAGCUCAGACAUUUCCCUUUAGAAUUGCGGUUGAGUGACUGAGGAACAACCACCCACCCAUCGCAGGAACCGCAAAAAAAAAACAGCACAGCCAGCCAUGAGGAUUAGCGAGUGUGUUGAUAUCAGGACCGUCGUUCACGUGGCAUUUGUCGCCAUGGCAGUGUCCGUAACACAGGUCACCACCGAAGAAUGUGGCCAGGAGGAAUUGGUCCAGUGUACCAAACCGCUACAAGUACUCUCCGCUACCUCAGAGCUCUCGUUCGUCACAAAAAAGGAGGAACUGGAUAAACUUUGCCCUGACCUUCACAAGGGUCUACAUUGUAUAAGAAGCUACACGCGACGCUGUAUGAACAUCCAGCAGAGGGAGCAUUUCAACAAGCUGUACCACGGCACUAACGAGGUCAUACACGAGCUCUGCGAGGAAGGACCUUAUCAGGAAGACUUUCUUAGACAUGCACCCUGCAUGCGACACGUCAAGAAGGACUACGAAGUGUGUGCGGUCAGCUAUCAGAGCACAAUGGCCAAGAUUGGACAGACGGUGGCACAUACCACGGUGAGGCCCCCGGUGCAACCGGCGACGCCCAGUGCAACCAUGUCUUCCUCGAUGAACGACGUGCAACAGCAGCACCAGCACCAACAUCAUCAGCACCACCAACAUCAACAUCAGCAUAGCAACAGCACCAGAAGUGCUGAGGAUGCGGAAGAGGAACGACUCAAAACUGUUUGCUGUGCGUUCCACAAGUACACGCAAUGUUCCGAGUUCACGGUCCGUCACACGUGCGGAGACGAAACGGCGCUGUUCACUCGGAGAUUCCUCGACAAAAUGUCCAACACGCUGAUGAGGAUGCACUGCGUUGAUUACACGCCGGAAAACGGAAAAUGCCGGGAUUAUUUCAGCUCGCAUUCGACACGUGCCCAGCUAGCGUCGACCUCUCUGAUGACCACCCUACUGGCUCUUCUGCUAGCCAUAACUAGCCGGCUGUUCAACCCGAGCGUGCUAAUUUAAUCGGCGGCCAGCGGACUGUCGAAUUCACUCAACACAGCAGCUACUAUAGGGAAGGUGCACUAUUGCAAACUAGUGGCUAGUAUUAACAAAAAAAUCUAUAUAGGUACAGGAUAUAUAGGAAAAUCUAUAGUUGCACGGAACCUAUUUUGUGAUCGACGCGAGUGAGGAUCUAAGCGUGUGAAUGGGAAAUAGAUUGGGAGAGUGCGAAAUAGGGAAUGAACAUGAAUAAAUUAAAACCAGAAAGGGAAACCGAGCUA